CAGGUUCAUUCGAGCUAAUUAGCUUCCUUAACACACUUUACAUUUGCAUAUACAACCGUUUCUAAUCAAAAUGGUUUCCAAUAAUAAGCGCCAUACGAUGAAAUCCAUCAAAAACAAGGAUAUGAUCCAUCCAUCCUCCAGAAAGGCACAGCAGGUCAUGCGAGUGGUUCUACGCAAAGAUCGUUUGGACCAGCGUCAGAAAACCCGUGCCAACAACUCGUUUUUAAAGUCGGAUCGUAUUCUUUGGUUCCGUCAUGCCGUCCCUGAGGAGGUUAAAACAUUGACACGAGAGCAACACCACCAGCUCAUUGAAGAAUAUCUUUCCCGCUUCAAUGAUGAAUAUCAAUCCCUUGUUGCUUUACACCGUCCGGGCAAGGUUCGCCCUAAAGCUGCCCGUGAAGACAUGUUGACGGCUAUCAUGGCCAAGGAAAGACAGGAGUAUGCUUCUGGCUUUGAAAUCCCCGACUUCUCAAGUCCGAAAAAUGUCCAGACACUCCGAGAAUGGGAUGGUGAUCUUAACUCACUGAACCGUAUCAAGAUGAUCAAACUCAACGACCCUAAGCAUCUUGCCAAACUGGCCGGUGAUGUCGCAGGAUCUGCAGCAGCAGGAAUGGCCAAUUCAAAUACUACUGAGGGAUCCACUAUGCAGGAGUAAAGGGAUUGUUGGGGGUCAAGUGCAAACUUAUGUCUUAGAGUAUUGCUUUUCUUUUUUUUUUCUUCCUUCUUUUCAUAUUACUUUUUCAUGCUACCUUGUCUUGUUGAUUCAUACCCUCUUAUUUUGCUUCCAUUCCCACAUGUAACAAUAUCACUAAAAACCAGCAUUUAUUCAACUUGCAUUAACUGUUUACCCAUUUUGUAUUUUAACAAAGUCAUAUUUUCAUAU